AAUAAUGUAGACGACAUGAUAAUGCAUUAGUACAAGUAGAUAAAAAAGUAAUACACCACAACGCUUUAACUACUUGGUGAAUUGCUUUUUCAGUUCUUCAGUUCUUGAAUUACGAUCGAUCUUUCAUUUGCAUGUGAAUUGCUUUUUCAAUUCUUCAGUUCUUGAAUUACGAUCGAUCUUUCAUUUGCAUACACAUACUUUUGAAAUGGGAGAUGCAUUUGUUUCAGCCCUUGUGAAAGAGCUGACGAGUAGACUGACUUCUGAAGCCAUCAAAGAGUUUGGCCUACUUUGGGGGUUUCAGGGCGAUGUUUUAGCUCUCAAGGAUGAUUUCGACAUGAUCUUAGCUGUUCUUCAAGAUGCAGAAGAGAAACGCAGCAAAGCAGAGGCUGUAAAGUUGUGGCUUCAGCGCCUCAGAUCUGCAUCCUUGGAGGUAGAAAAUGUGUUGGACGAGAUCUCAACUGAAGCUUUGCUACAACGUCUAUACAAACAAAGAGGCAUGAAACACAGGGUAAGUGCCUUCUUCUCCUCCGAUCAUAAUCCGCUUAUGUUCCGUGUUAGAAUUGCUCACAAAGUCAAAGCCAUAAGAAGAAAACUGGAUGCGAUUGUAUCCAACGGAUCUAGGUUGGGUUUGACCCCUGCUGCACUAAGUGAUGUAGAUGUGGACGUUGCGGAUGAGAUGCCAGAUAGGGAAACGAGCUCGUUUAUGGAUGAUUCUUCAAUCGUCUUUGGAAGAGAUGAAGAGAUGGAGAUGGUGACUAAAGCGAUAUGUGACCAAGAUGUCGGAAAAUGUGACGAUGGUGAGGUUCCGGUGUAUUCUAUAUGGGGUAUGGGAGGUCUGGGAAAGACCACUUUAGCUCAGCUAGUUUAUAACCAUGAAAGGGUGAAGCAAUGUUUCGAGUUAAAAUGCUGGAUCUAUGUUUCUGAAAAGUUCCAGGUUAAGGAGAUAAUGAGAAAAAUCAUCACAUCCUUAGAAAAACAAGAGUGUACACUCACACCUCUAGAUGUGUUGCAAGAGUCCCUUCAAAACAAGCUAGGGGGAAAGAAAUUUUUGGUUGUACUAGAUGACGUUUGGGUUGAAGAUGAUGAAAAUGAAAAAAGCAUGUGGGAGGAGCUAAGAAAAACAUUAAGGUGUGGGGCAGAUGGGAGUAUUGUUGUGAUGACUACACGAUCCCAGGCAUCUAGUCAAAUGUUUAGUAAGGUUCCGAAGUUACAACAUAAACUGGGAUGUUUAUCAGGAGACGACUCGUGGUUACUAUUCAAGAAGUAUGCAUUUGCACAGGGAAGAGAGAGGAACGACAUAAGUGAACUAGAGCCUAUUGGAAGAGAGAUAGUUGAGAAAUGUAAAGGACUACCUCUAGCAGUGAAGACCUUGGGUAGCUUAAUGUGGUCGAAAAGUAGUACAAGCGAUUGGCUACAUGUGAAAGACAACAACAUAUGGGAUUUGGAUGAAGUUAAAGUCGUGCCUGCUAUUUUGAAGUUAAGCUAUGAUAAACUGCUUCCACAUUUAAAAAGAUGUUUUGCUUAUUGUUGUUUGUUUCCUAAAGGUUGUGAAAUGGAAAAGGAUGUAGUGAUUUGGUUGUGGGUUGUCAAUGGUUUCAUUCCACCUAGAGGAGGAAAAGACUUAUAUAUGCUUGGGGAAGAAAUUCUUAACUGCCUUGUUUGGAGGUCAUUCUUGCAGGUUGCUAAACUUGACGUUUGGAGUGGUAUUUAUAAAAUGCAUGAUCUGAUGCAUGACAUGGCACAUGAUGUGAUGGGACAUGAUUGCUUAGUUAUAGAGGGUGCAAGUAACAAGGUUGAAACACCAAAUGGGGUGCUUCAUUUGAGCUCAUCAUGCCCCGUUCAAUUUUCAUAUGAGGUUUUAGGAAAGUUAACAUCGUUAAGGUCAAUAUUCAUGUUCAGGCGGGAAGAGGAUGAAUGUAGCAAAAUUUUCAUGCAAGCUUAUGUAAGGGUAUUACAUUUGGAUGGUAUUGGGUUAAGGAAAUUCCCUGAAUCAGUUUGCAAACUCAAACAUCUAAAAUACUUGAAUUUAUCAAAUUCAAGUAUAGAAGUUUUACCCGAGUCGAUUAUGUAUCUCCAAAACUUGCAAUACUUGAACUUAUCAGGUUCAUGCAUUAAAGUUUUACCUAAGUCGAUUAUGUAUCUCCAAAACUUGCAAUACUUGAAUUUAUCAUACUCAAAUACACAAGUUUUGCCUGAGGGGAUUAUUAAUCUCCAAAACUUGCAAACGCUGCAUUUGUAUAAUUGUUAUUCGCUGCGUAAGUUGCCUAAAGGCCUGAGUUACAUGAGAAAUCUUCAUUGUUUGGACACCCGUGGUAAUUCACUUGAACAUUUUCCGGUAGGAAUCAAAGAACUAACCAGUCUACGAAUACUUACAAAGUUUCCUGUUGGUAAAGAGAAUGGUGCCAAAAUAGGGGAACUGGGGGAUUUAAAUCUACUUGAGGGCAGGUUGUCCUUAGAAGGGCUUGAGAAUGUUGAAAGUUUAGGAGAAGCCAAGAGUGCCAAACUUGAAUGUAAAAGAAAUCUAUUGGAUUUGAAGUUGUGUUGGUCUACAUAUAUGCAACCAGAAGAGCGUGUAGAUGAAGAGGUUCUCGAGGGACUAGAACCAAAUCCGAGUCUCAAGAAAUUGACAAUAUAUGGUUACAUGGGAAUGAUUAUUUCUCCCAGUUGGUUGGUGAAUUUAAAAAAUUUGCUUGAAAUUGAAAUUUCUGGGUGUAAGUGUUGUGAGCAUAUUCCAACACUUGGGAGAUUACCCAAUCUUAGGGUCAUUAAGUUGAGGUACAUGGAUUCUUUUAAGUGUUUCCUUGAUGACGACACAAACAUGUUAGGAGAUACAGCCAAUAUGUUUCUUUUUGUAGAAGAAUUACACAUCAAAGACUGUCGGAGUUUGGUUUCCUUGCCAAGUAACCUUCCAAAACUCAAGGUUUUAAACUUAGAGUACUGCGAUGCUUUAGUUUCUCUUCCGGAUGAGAUUCAGAGUUUCAAGGAUUUGAAACGACUUACUAUAACAGGCUGUAAACAAUUAGAGGAAAGGUAUAAAAAGGAUAGCGGUGUAGAAUGGCCUAAAAUUUCUCACAUUCCCCAUGUCAAAAUUCCUCAUUCUUUGUAAUAUCCGUAUCGGAACCUCCAACAGGAAAACAAACAGAGAUUUGUGUGAUCAAAGUCAAUGCAAAGGUUACAACGCGGUGCUAUCAGUUGCGUCAAAGUUCUUCGAGUUCAAACGAUGUAUUUUAGAAGCCGUCUAUGGUGGAAAAGUUAUCCAAAGACCGUCCUCGCAUCCCACCUUUAGAAUUUGAGGCUAGUUUAAAAAUCAACAAAGAACAAAGAGUAUCAAAUCCAGCAGGUGUUCGCCUUUUCGAUUAAAGACUUGUUGGAUCUGCACAGCUAUUGUGGUUUGCGGGCCGGGGGUAAAGGAGAGGGAGGUGUUUCAUGUUAUUAUUAUUAUCAUCACCAUCUCCUGUUGGCGAAUCUGAAAAGCGUGGAAUGAAUUCAUAUUCUCCAACAACGAGAUGAGCACUGAAGACAUUAUUGCGGACGUGAAGACACUUGGGUUCCUUUGGUACAAGAAUCAGUCUAAAAGCAAAGCGAUGUCAUGGUCUAAUUGGUGUACUUUCAGGCUGAUGUAACUUUUUUACUGCUACUGUCCCUGUUUUCUUUGGGGUGGUUGUCUCUGUUGUUGCUGUGUAUUUAUUAAUAGAAGUUAUCUUUAAAAAAA